CAAGAAAUCACAACUCCUUUUUUCUGCAGCUACCGGUGUCUUAGGACUUCCCCCCAGCCCAUAUGAGGCGGACUUCAAACCAGUAAAAUAGAAACCACUUUCAGUUUGUGACAGAAAGAUUUUAGUUCUCAAGCUGCAACAACAAACAUGAAGUUACUGCCUGUUACCUUGUUGCUGGUACUGUUUGGAUCUAAUUGUGUGCUGCCUCUUACACAUCAUUACGAUUCUUCAGACACACAUGUGAAGAAUAAAGGUGCAUUAUUGCACAAGUUACUGAAGAGACAAAUCAUUUGUCCAUCUGAUGAUGAAUACUUGGUAGAAACACACUGCUGUAGAAAAUGCAUGGAAGGAACAUACGCAAAGUCUCAUUGUGAUAAGGACCAUGGUUAUUCAGACUGCAAGCCCUGCACUGAAGGUGUGGAUUACAUGGACGAAAAGAAUGGUUAUCAGCACUGCCAAGUAUGCCAACGCUGUGACUCUAUGUCAGGCCAGGAAUUGCUACAGAACUGCACAGUUAGACAAAAUGCAAAAUGCAAAUGCAGAAAAUUAUUCUUUUGUAAAGAAGACAAAGGUGUAGAUUCUGAAGACUGCACAGACUGCCAACAUUGUACACACUGUGAAAAUGGAGUUACAGAGCCUUGCACAAGCAGAAAAGAUGCUGUAUGCAAUCCCCCCAGAAAUUACUAUAUAACAUGUAUAAUAUUGGGAUCCUUGGUAUUUGUAAUAGCAACACUUUUCAUGUAUACAUCCUGUGGCAGUAAUAAGGAAUCUCAGGAACCAGAACGGGUCCAGGAAUCUCAGGAACCAGAAUGGGUCCAGCUUCCAGUAUUUCCUGCUAAUCUUCAAGACAUUGAUUUAACGGAUCAUCUACAUUCAUUUGGUCAAGAACUGGAAUAUAACACUGUUUUGAUGUUUGUACGAAAAAUGCAUUUGAGAGAGUCAACCAUUGAAGCUGUUAAAUUGGAUUACGAUAGGUCGGGCAUAGACGAAGUAAAAUUCCAACUGCUGAAGAAGUGGUACGAUGGUCAUGGACAAAAAGAAGCAUUUCAAAUACUUAUUACAACUCUGCAAAACAAUAAUAAUAGUAAUUCUGCUGAUAGACUAAUGCAAUUAGUAAAAAGAUCGACGAUUGAAUAAUAAUAGUUAUUGUAUAUUAACCACUAGCCUGGCUUGCUCCCAUGUGAUGUAACUGGAUCCAGGAGUAUGUUGCCAGGUCGCAUCACAUGUGACGCACUGCCCCUGCUGUUUCUGCUUGUGCCCCGGACUCUGCAGUGACACUGUAGUCUCUGAUCACUGACAUCACUGCCAGAAUCAAGCCACAAAAUGCCAUGCAGCCGUCAUUCUGGAGCACAUGUGCCGGGGAAUCACAGUGUGGGAAGGGGAACCAUGCUCCUCUCCCACCACAAUUUGGCUAAUCUCUACAAAUGCAGAGGUUAGAGGCCCUACACACUGGCCGAUUUUUUGAAAGAUAUGAACGAUCUCGUUCAUAAAUGAACGAGAACUCAUUCAUAUCUUUCAGUGUGGAGGCUCCAGCGAUGAACGAUGCGUGUCCCCGCGCUCGUUAAUCGCUGGUCCCCCGUCGGCUGUACAUGCAGGCCAAUAUGGAAGAUCUCGUCCAUAUUUGCCUGCACUUCAAUGCAGCCGGGUGACGGGGGGAGUGAAGAAUCUUCACUCACCCUGUCACUGCCCCCCCCCGCCGCCGGGUCGCUCGUCGGCCGUAUCCGCCGUCGGGCAGCUCGGCGGCGGGCCGGCCAGUGUGUAGGGCCCUUUAGCCGCAGCAAGGUUGACUGGUCAUCAGUCCCCCCAGAAACACACUCUGCUGUGCUCUGCAUGUGGGGAGGGCAAUAAACAAUGGAAUCGGCCCCUAUGUAUUCAAUCAUGUUACAAAAAAAACGUAUAAUAAGCAUAUAUCCCCCCCCCAAAAAAAAAAAAAAAAACCAACCCAUAAGAAUAUAAUUAGUUUAAGCAAAUAUAAAUAAAAACUAUUUUGGAUAAAUACACUUUAUUUUAGUUAAGUACAUUAUAAGCAUUUCAAUGAUUUCUUGCAUAUUAUACAGCUCAGGAAUGUACAGUACCUUUCAGUAUAUUGAUCAUAUUAGUUCUCUUUGCUCUAUAAGGGACGGAUGCAGGGUGUCUUGCGUAAAAAUCUCUCUAUGCAUGCCCAUAAAACUGACGCCCACAUAUCUGCCUAAGCAAAUAAGACUCUGGGGAGAUGUAUCAAACUACAGAGACAGAGAGAGAUUAAGUAGAGAAAUUGCCCAUAACAGCAGUUAGCUUUUUCAAUUAUUCAGCACAGCCUGAAAAUGCUGCAUUAUUUGCCAGUGGUCAGGUGCAGAUGUAUUGAUGAUGUCUAUAGAUUGUAAGCUUGCGAGCAGGGCUCUCCUACCUCUAUGACUGUUAUUACUUAGUCUUGUUUUUUCACUGUUGUUUCCAAUUGUUUUGUUUUAUGUUAUCACUGUUUCCAAUUGUAAAGCGCAACAGAAUUUGCUACUCUAUACAAGAAACUGUUAAUAAAUACUAAUAAAUGAUGUUAAUGAUAAUUGUCAGUACUAACAAACUGCAUGUGAUUGGCAGAUUCCGAAUGCACGCUGAUGCAGAUAGGGGCUUCCUGCAUUGUGUGAGCUUAUAUUUUGCUUUUACAUAGUUUAGCAAUUUUCCUUUUUUUUCCCCUGCAUGAGAAAGAGAGAUGUUUUUUAAGAUACUUGAAGCCUAAUAUAAAUGCAUAUAUCACAAAGAAAAAACACGGGAGUAAGUCUAUGUGAUGUUUGCCUUGUAUAACCUGAGUGUGUUGGCUGCCAAUGUUAUUUCAGGUAUAUUAUCCAGCUCAGUUUAGCUUUCAAUAUACUGUAUUCUUGCUAGAUAGUGAGAAUUCAGGCCUGAUUCUGAGUCGUGCGGAUCUUUGUUCAUGGGCGUAUACAGUGAGUUUUUGCACACAGCACAUGUGCAGAUGUGAACUUAUGCUUAUUUGCUUAUGUCUGUUUGUACAGAACUUGACCAGAUCUGUCUUUUGGUGAAAUUGGAUGGCAUAGAGAGGGGGUGAUCUAAUGUAGGCUGAGAACACUGAGAGUAUAUAUGUGCAAUUGCAAACAGAAAUUCUGCAGAGACGCAAAUAACGCCUGAGAGGGCCAAACGUACUGAAGAUGAAAGUUGCCAACACUAAUGAACCACUUGUGAUUGGACACCUACACAGCCAAUAGCUAAGUGUAUGUGACAUAUGCCUGGCAUAAACAGGGUGCAUAUCUUUUAACUGCAGAAUGGUGUGUGGCUCGGCAUACAGUUGUUUCUCUAUUUCUGUGUGCAGUUUUACUGUAAUAUUGCCACCAACUGCAUCAGCUCCUAAAUAUCCAUAAUGUCUCUAUUAAAAAAUUGUGAAAUACAUAUUCACCUACCUCCUAUGCUUUACUAUUUACACUUCUAAUAAACCAACUUGGG